CCUGGUGAACAAUGGGGUCGUGGGGCCCUUCCCGGCAGGAAAACGGCUCAUUGCGCUGAAAUCUCCCGCUGCUGCUGAGUCAGCAGCUCCUGGAGGUGCCGGGGGAACCAUCCCGGGGCAGCGGGAGCCGGCAGGAGAGAUGGACACCUUCAGCACCAAGAACUUGGCCCUGCAGGCCCAGAAGAAGCUCCUGAGCAAAAUGGCCACCAAGACCAUCGCCAACGCCUUCAUCGACGACACCAGCAGCGAGAUCCUGGACGAGCUGUACCGCGCCACCAAGGAGUACACGCACAACCGCAAAGAGGCCCAGAAGAUCAUCAAAAACCUCAUCAAGAUCGUGAUGAAGCUGGGGGUUCUCUACCGCAACGGGCAGUUCAGCCCCGAGGAGCUGCUGGUCAUGGAGCGCUUCCGCAAGAAGGUUCACACCCUGGCCAUGACGGCCGUCAGCUUCCACCAGAUAGACUUCACCUUCGACCGCAGGGUCAUGUCCGGCGUGCUCACCGAGUGCCGGGACCUGCUGCACCAGGCGGUCAACGGGCACCUCACGGCCAAGUCGCACUCGCGCAUCAACCACGUCUUCAACCACUUUGCGGACUACGAGUUCCUGUCGGCCCUGUACGGCCCGGCCGAGCCCUACCGCACCCACCUCAAGAGGAUCUGCGAAGGGGUCAACAAGAUGCUGGAGGAGGACAACAUCUGAGGGUGGGCCGUGGGCAGCUGGGCUCUGCCUCCCGCGAGGCCGAAGAUGCGACGCCUGCUUUGACCCUCACCGGGCUCGCCGCCUCCUCUUCCUCCUCUGCAGCGCUCACUCUGUGCUAUCCUCGUCCUCUCCAAGGACCUCUUGACUUUGUGUCCCCCUUGCCCAGGGUCUGCAAACCCCUCCCUGCGCUGAGCUGAGCCCUCUCAUUUUGGGGAUUUUUGGGACCCUGCUGUACAGUUUGAUUUCCUUUCCAGCAAGUGCCUUUAGCUCAGUCCAAGGAUUUGGACUCUGCCUUGAGCUCUGUUGUGACCCUCUGGGGGGAAACCCAACCAAAGGCUCGCGGUGUGAAGCACCUCUGAGGUGUCUCUGAGCAGGUGGGGCGUUGUUGGGGUGGACGGUUCUGAGACUCCGUGACUGGAGGAACUCCGUGGUUUCCUUCCAGCAGCUCCACAACGCGGUGGGAGCAAAUCAGCGCUGCCUCAGGCAGGAAGGUGCCUCUGCGUGGGCUCAGGUGUCCUCAAAGAGAAGUCCCUGGGACCAGGAGGAUCCCUCCUCACCUGGGGAGGGCUGGGAGGGAGCUGCUCCUUCCCUGCAUCCCAGGAACCACCCAACACCCAACUGCCCACCCCUGGCAGUGCCACCUGGCAGCUCCAACCUUGGUGGUUCUCCAGAUCCCCCCAGGGUUUCACCCCUUCUCCAAGCCCUUGACUGAGUGAUGUUGGUUUUUAGUAAACUCUGUAGCCCUGAUGAGUUAUUUAAAUAAACUCACCUGUGUGGCCUGGGAGCUCUGUCAGGUUGUUCCAGCAGCGGUGACAGCGACAAAAUGAGCCCUGGGGACAGCUGGGUUUGC